GAUUUCCAAGGGCCCCCUCACAAACCCUAGCAGUCAAGUAAAAAAACUUUACAAGAGGUCCAAAAAGAUGAAGGUGAUCGCUGCUUUUCUCCUCGCGAAGCUCGCCGGAAACGAGAAGCCGACCAAGGAUGACGUGAAGAGCAUCUUCGACUCCGUCGGCGCCGAGUUCGACGAGAAGAAGACGGAUCUGUUCUUUUCUCUGGUGAAGGACCACGACGUGACGGAGCUGAUCGCGGCCGGGAGGGAGAAGAUGGGGGCGCUUUCGUCUGGUGGUGGUGGAGGUGUUGCUAUGGUGGCUGGUGGAGCAGGAGGAGACGAAGGGAAGGCGGCUGAGCCAGCGGCGGAGACGAAGAAGGUUGAGGAAGAGAAGGAGGAGUCGGAUGAUGGUGGCAUGAUGAGUCUUUUCGAUUGAUUUAGUUUAUGACAGAGAUCUGAUGAUGUUUUAGUUUCUUUCUUUCUUGGAUCGUCCUUUUUUUAAGGAUUAUUAAAGACUUUAAAUCUAUCGUUAAUAGAUCUAUCUUAUGUUACGCAGUUA